AUGAAUUUAACAAUGGAACAAUCAUAAGAGAUUAUUAAGUAAUGGUUUAAAGGAUCAGAAAAUAUAUAUAAUUACAAUGUUUUAACAUAUCCCUCAUAUGAAUAAUAAGUAUUUGUAUAAAACAAAGUAGGCAUACAUUUUAACCUAACAUUAAUUAUAUGAAUUAUGUAGAUAAAAUCAAAAUUAGCAGGAUUUAUAAAAAAAUUUAUCUUAGUUUAGUGAUCAACAUAAAGCCAUAAUAUAUGUCAUGUUUCUUGCUCCUCAAUAUUAAAGAAGUGUAUAAUAAAUAAAUUAAUUUAGCUGUUUGAUUUAAUGAAUAUAAAUGGGUUUCAUAAUAUUAUAGCAUUUUAUUCAGAAUUUAGUCACUUCAUAAAUACAUAAUAUCAUUUAUUGAAAGAUCAUAUAAAGAUAUAAAUAUUUGAAAUAAUGAAGUUAUUCUUAGAAAAUCCACUUGAUUAAUUAGAAGAAUGUUUUAAAAGUUUCUUAAGAACAUGUAUUAUAUAUCCUCAUAAUUAAAAUUAUACUUUUCUAUUGGAAUUUCUAAACUUUUUAUUUGAUUAACAUAAAUAAAUAAUAGUCAAACCAAACUUAGCGGCAUUAUUAUUUUAUAAAUAUCUAUUAAUUUUAAAUAUAGAUGAUUAUUACAAAAUAUAAUAAUUUCCACAUAAAAAGAUAAAUGAUAUAAUGAUUGAAAUAUGGUAACUCUAUUAAUAGACAAUUUUAUCAUUUGGUAGAGAAUUAUUAAUUAAUCUUUAAAUUCCAUUUUAAUAUUCAGAAUUUCACAUUUCUAUGAUGAAUUUAAAUGUAAUUAAAUAAAAUCUACCCAUAUCCCAUUUGAUUGCUAAUUAGACUACAACAACUGCUGCUUAUAAAGCAAAUUAUUAAUUGGCUUUACCUUAUGAAGUAGAAUAAAGAAUAGGAUUUGCAAUAUUUUCAUAAAUGCCAUUAGAGAGUAUGUCAACAUUUUUUACUAUGAUAUUUGAGAAAUAUGGAUAUCAUAUCAAUUUUAUAGGUGCAAUAGUAAGAAAUAUAAUUUGUGGUUACCAUUUUGAUGAGACAGAAAUAAUCCAAAACAAAAUAGCUGAUGCCUUGUUAUUAAUAUAUGAGAUUGCGGAUUUGUAAGGUGAAAAAUGGCCAAUAUUCUUAAGAUUCAUAUAUUCUGAUAUAUUCUUUAUGACAAAGUAAAUGCAUAAAUUAUAUUUUAAGAGAUUUUAAAGAUGAUCAUAAUAUCUAAGCAGGAUUGUAUUUUUUAAGAAAACUAUACCAUAAAUAAUUAUAUAAUGAAUUAUAAGGUGCAUUAUGGUUUAUUUUUUAAACAUUUGAAGUUAAUGAAUAAUUAAAAAAGAAGGUCUAACCUUAAUUGUUAUAACUUAGUUCUCAUAAUAUUUUUUAAAAGUUAUUGGAAGAUCAAAAUAUAAGGGAAGCAAUAAAGUGCAAAAUACAUGAGUAUUUUCUAAAAUUGAUAUGUAAUUAAUAUUAAGGUCCUGGUGGAUUAAGUUAUGAUUAACCUCAUACAGCAUUAUAUACAGUUGAUGAUUUGGACACACCUUAAGUAUAGUAUUUGAAUGGUAAUACAACAAAUAUUGAUGAUUCAAUUUUAGAUGAAUUUUAAGGAAAUUCUAUAUCAAUCUAAUAAAAUGAUAUUAUGUUGGAAGAAGCUGAUGUUGUAAAUACAAUAUAAAUAGAUAUUACAUUAUAAAAAAUAUUAGAAAAAGAAAAACUUGAUGCAAUAUUUUAAAAUCCAUAAUAAGAAAUCAAUUUAAUUAGAUUAUAUAAUUUCUUUAAUAAAUCUAUUUAACCAGAUGUUAAACAUGUAUUUCUUUAAGAAUUGACUAAAAUUAUUAUUAGAUUAUAUGAAGAUUAAUUUUAUGAUCUUGAUUAUGGUAUUGAAUAUAUUAUUAUUAUAUAGAAUAUCCUUUUAAUUGUUUAACAACAUUAUUAUAGAUAAAUUUUAAUUAAGAAAGUUUAUUAUAUGAUUUAAUAAAAAGUUUGAUAUCUUCUGAAUAAUUUAGUAUUCAUUAUUUAUUUUUGAUUUAUUUUGAACGUAAAACAAAAUCAAGUCAUUUAGAAAAAUUGCUUAUACAAUCAACAGAUUAAAUAAUAAAAUCAUUUAAAAUUGUUUAAAGUUUAAUUUCAGCUUAAAGGAGUUAAAUAAUAUUUGAAGAAAUAUUAUCAAAUUGUUAAUUGAAUUCAAAUAUUGAAUUUGUUUUCAAUCUUUUAAUCAUUACAAAUAUCUAAACAAUAUAAAAAGCAUAAAAUAAAAUUUAAAAUUUGUUCAGUUCUAAUUAUUGUUCAAUUUUAUAUUUCCUAAAGAAAAUACCUUAAAUUGAAAAUCUUUAACUUGUUGGUUUAGUUGUGGAUUUAAUUCAAAAGAUAAUUAAGUAUAGAUAAAUAUGAUAUGUAGACUUAAUGAAAAUUAAAAGGAUUUGAAUAUAUUGAUAGAUCAAAUAUUUGUUAAUUUAGAAAAUCCAAGUAAAACUUUUUGGACAGUAUAUACUUAAGUGUUUUAAUUAUUAUUAUAAUUUAAGAGAAUAUCUGAAGUAAUAUAAAUAUUAUAGAAUUUUAUAGGAUAAUUUAAUACAAUUUUAUGUGAAUUGUUUUGUUAACUCAAAUAAAUAUUGUGAAGGGAUUGCAGAAAUAUUUUUAAUGACACCAAAUACAUUAAAAAUAUUUAUUUUUAAAGCCUUAACAAAACAUUUAGAUAAGACAAAAAAUUAUGAAUCAGUGGAAUUCAUAUUAAAAUAUUUAAUAAAGGAUUAAAAAAAUGUCAGUUUUAAAAACUCUCUUCAAAAUAAUUUAGAUAAUUAUAUGAAACAAUAAGAAAAAAAAUGA